AUGCAUGAGAUACGACGACGACAUCGAAGGGACCACGGUUUGAAUGGACGGGAUCGUUCAAGUCGUUCAAGAGACCGCCGACGAGGUUCACGUAAAAUCAAGCGUGAGCAACGUGAUGCCAAAGACGCCAUUGCAAGGGCACUGGAUCGUGGCAAUUCUUCACCGACGGUUGCUGUUCAAACCGAUCCGAUAUCGUCACGCUGGCCAUUAGAUUCUCGAGAAGGCCUGACAUUUCCUCAGCAAAUCAUCAUUCCACCAUCACGUGGAAGUACUGGCCCGGAUGGACGUCCACAGCCGCAGACUUAUCAAAUUAACUCCGAAAUAAGGAUCUCAUAUGACCAGUACGGUCGACCAGUGGUCACUGAUAACGCAGCACUGCCAAGGGAACAGCAGCACUCACAGUCGAUCUCCUCAGUACGGCAGCAGCGUCAAGCACAGGUUCGAAUUAUUACGAUAAAUAACAGGAUACAGGUCUUGUCUUAACU